CAACGAGGCAUUUGCCCCCCGGCAGCACAUUCUGCAGGCUUUGUAACUGCUGUGCUGGCCCUAAUGUUUUAUGCAGGCCCAGAAGAAACUUUGUAAGAGAAGUCUAAAGAAUGUAGAUGGAGUGACUGACCUUGAGUACAGUCGCUCUGAAGUCAUUGACAGGUCGUUCUCUUGAACGCUGCCAUGCAAACAUACUAAAUUAUUUUCUUUCUUCCAAAAAGUCAGUGAACUGUUACAAAAUUUACUCAGUGUUCCACCUUUUGCAGUAAUUUUGCCGUGAUAUUCCCAGUGAAAUAUUACUGUUUAUGUCUGUGCAAUAACAAUGGAAAGAAAACAAGCUUUUCUUAACAAGUCGUGGAUGCAAAUCGUAUUUAGGAUGGGUUUCAUGUUUGCAGCAUUGGGAGGUUUGGCUUUGAUGAAAAUCAUGUGUGUAGUUAGUUGUUUUAUGCACUGCAAGUCUCAGAUGACUGGGAUUAAGUUCCAAUUUAACAAGGUUAUCCAUUUAAUAAGUGGAGAGAGAUGAGUCAGGGCACAACCCUAGAUCCCAGCUCUCAUGAAUUUAACAAGUAAGGACAGUGUGAAUCUGACCCCUCCACUCUGAAGAGAAUCCUUACUGAACGGUACAUGCAAUUAAAAUUUUUCAUUCUCUUCAAAUUUUGAAUGUUAGAAUCGGAGGAAACAGCCUUAUCGGUGUGACACUGGACCUUUCAUGUGAGCAACUUAAAUUUAGUUCUAAUUUCCAGUGUUCUGAGAAAAAAAAAGAUACUGAGAGAGUGUGAAUUACACUUGAGAGGCCGCUUUCUACUGCACAGUAAUGUGAAGGUGCCUGAGGGGGUCUGGCGUUCACUGAAAUCUGAUUCAGCAAUCUGCUUAAUUACCUACUCGGUGCUUGUGUUGUCUGUGCAAAAGGAAGGAGGGUCACUGCAGCGCUGAGGGUGAAUGUGGGUAACCUGGGUAACCUCUCUGGGAGAUCAGGUGCUCCGUGAGGUUACAGCGUGCCGUGUCUCUUAUGUGCAGGCAACGGGACAGGUUGCUAAAUGGGCAAGGACAGUUGUCAUUGCUGGUGUUCCAGAUGGCCUUCUGCACAACGACGUCAUGGCCGACAUCCUGACGAUUCAUUUCCAAAUGUCGAAGAAUAACGGUGGAGACGUGGAAGAAGUGGUGUAUCCAACAAGGAAAAAAGGAAUUGCAUUUGUAACUUUUGAAGAUCAAGAAGUUGUGGAGAAUGUGCUAAAGAAGGAUGAACAUCGGCUAGAAGACAAGAGGCUGUCCAGAUACUACCCGCUGAAAGUAACCCGGUACUGUGAAAAUGUCUUCAGCUCUGUGACGUCUGUCCUCAAUAUGUCUGUUUUCAAAGAUCAGUUUGUUUUAGAAGAUCUGAUACAAGAACUUAAAAAGAAGAGCACAGCUUUGAGCUUUGGGCCUUUGCAAUCUAAUGGGCACAUUUCUGUUCAAGGGUCAUUUCCAGCAAUCAAAUUGCUGAGAGACUUUCUCUUACUGAAAGCAAAAUCCCUCUCAGAGGAGGACAAAAAGGAAGAAAGUCAGUCCCAUCAGAGACCACGGAGGAGGCUACAGCAACACAGACUUACCACAGAGAUGAGUAAUUCCGUUCAUGAUGUGGAUGGGGAAAAACAAGUUGUUAUUCUUGACACAGAUACAUAUCACUACAUGAAGUACUUUUUUCCCAGGAUAUUCGUAGUAAAUGGUGAUGUUGUAAUUUCUGACAUCACUGACGGUGAUAUAACUACAGUGUAUAUUGAGAGUGCUGGAAGUAGGUCUGAUGCUGGACAGGUAUUAAGAGUCAAAAAGAAAAUUGAAAAUCAGUCUAUAAAACUCCAUAAAGUUUUACGUAAAGAAAAGAUCUACCUUGAGGAUCACAGCAGAGAUGAAAGGCGGAGAUAUAAGUUGGCCUGUAAAAGUCUAAAGCCCCAUUACCCUUCUGUUUUGAUCAUUCCUUAUGAUACUCACAUUGACGUUAUAGGAAAUGCUCAGGAGAUUUUUGAUUUUACAAAGGAGGUGAGCAGUAAGGUUCAGAGCCUGUUGCAACGCAGGUAGAAAGUUAGUGUUUGUGGUGUAUACACACUGUGCUUGACAGAGGGGGUGCGACCUGUGCACCGCUGGCUCACCGCAGAUCUGUCACAGUUCUUCCACUGCAGGCUGGGCCGUCUGGACGCCAGGGUGAACAAGCCCAUUCCCCCUGAAUACCAAAUUAAGUUCAGAAUAGAAAACAAAUGAUCUCUGUAUCUCUCGUGAGCUUAGAGACUAAAGAAGUUAAGCCUCUGUCUAGGUACAGCCUCCUUUUUCCUUUGGUUAGCCACAUUUCGGGCACAUGCACGAUCAUCUUGCUGUCAGGGACUGUAUGAGGACAGAAAUUUUUUUAAAGAGUUCUCAUUAGCACAAGAAGUCAGACUGACCAAGCUGGGCGAGCCAACCUGAUAGGAAAUACUGCGUUGAAGCUGAGUUUUGUUGCUUUGUGCAAGGAGAUGACCACUGAACAGGACUGGUGGCCUUUUUUCUGUUGCCUGUAUCUGCAGAAGGAAGUUCUUACGGAGGUGCAUGAAGGAGACGGAGCUUUGACACUUGAGGGGAUGAAAUGCUUAUUGAAUUUCCAGGCUUGUCAUGUCCUGAGAAAGAUCUUAGAAGAUGGUAUUGGAAGUUGUUGACAGUAGAAAAUAAGUGAGUUUGUUUUCGUAGGAGCAAUAACAGGUUUUUUUCCAGCUGUAACGGCAUCAGCAGCAUCCCUUGACAGCGUGUUAUUUAGAUGUGAAAGUAUACCCAAAGUUUUGAUGUGAAAAUCUUGGAACAUUUAGACUUUUGAAUCAGAUUCUGUUUAUACAAAUCUGUUUCUCUAUCCACUACAAGGAUCCAAAUGCCCAUCCUAGUUUAGACUUUUUAUAAAACCAAUUUAGAAAAUAACCUUUAUUUUGUGAUAUCAGUGCGUUCAGAAUACUUUGUCAAAACAUACAGAGCACCAGCUCAUUUGUCUUAUGUGCAGGAAAAGUUUAAAGGUUUUUUAAUGCCAUUAAAGAAAUU